CGCGGACACUCUAGCUUUCGGCUGCUGCUGCUCCCCUGGCGGCUCCCCUUAACCAAACCUCUUGCGGGUGGGUACGGCAGCUCUUUGGGGACAAAAGUCUUCCCUCUUCGUUGCGCUCUGCUUCGUACUUCGUAUUUUGGGCAAAUCUGAGAAGGCAGGUAUUAGCGCCUCCAUUGAGCUGCCACCAGAGAGGUAGGAGAAAGGCUGAGCCUGGCGCGGAGUGCGGGCUGACUGGGGCCUAGGCCCGCGAAACGCCGUCGCUGCCCGGAUGUUGCGAUGGCUGAUCGGGGGAGGCCGAGAACCUCAGGGACUGGCCGAGCAAUCUCCUUUACAGACAAUAGGUGAAGAACAGACCCAGAACCCCUACACUGAACUGCUUGUACUGAAAGCUCAUCAUGAUAUUGUACGGUUUCUGGUACAGUUAGAUGAUUACAGAUUUGCAUCUGCUGGUGAUGAUGGAAUUGUAGUUGUGUGGAAUGCCCAGACAGGAGAAAAACUUUUGGAACUCAAUGGACACACUCAAAAGAUAACAGCUAUUAUUACAUUUCCUUCUUUGGAAGCUUGUGAAGAAAAAAAUCAACUGAUCUUGACAGCCUCUGCUGACAGAACAGUUAUUGUAUGGGACUGUGAUACUGGCAGACAAGUUCAGAAAGUGUCAUGCUUCCAGUCUACUGUAAAGUGUUUAGCUCUUCUUCAGAGACUAGAUGUUUGGCUUUCUGGUGGGAAUGACCUCUGUGUGUGGAACCGAAAAUUAGAUCUCCUGUGUAAGACUAGUCACCUUUCUGAUACAGGGAUCAGUGCUUUGAUUGAAAUACCUAAGAACUGUGUUGUGGCAGCAGUUGGCAAAGAACUGAUAAUUUUCAGGCUGGUAGCACCCACAGAGGGAUCACUAGGAUGGGAUAUUCUUCAAGUUAAGCGCCUCCUUGAUCACCAGGAUAAUAUUCUCUCACUGGUUAAUGUCAAUGAUUUGAGUUUUGUAACUGGCUCCCAUGUUGGAGAGCUCAUCAUCUGGGAUAUCCUGGACUGGACUGUGCAGGCCUGUGAACGCAACUUCUGGGACCCAUCUCCACAGCUGGACACUCAGCAAGAAAUAAAACUCUGUCAGAAGCCAAAUGACGUUUCUAUUCAUCAUUUCACAUGGGAUGAAGAGAAUGUAUUUGUUGCAGUUGGAAGGGGUUUAUACGUGUAUAACCUUCAAAUGAAGCGUGUGAUUGCCUGCCAGAAAACUGCACAUGACUCCAAUGUCCUGCACGUUGCCAAACUUCCAAACAGGCAGUUAAUCUCAUGCUCAGAAGAUGGAAGUGUACGCAUUUGGGAGUUACGAGAAAAACAGCAGCUUGCAGCUGAACCUGUACCAACAGGUUUUUUUAACAUGUGGGGAUUUGGAAGAGUAAAUAAACAAGCCAGCCACCCUGUUAAAAAACAAGAAAAUGCCACUUCAUGUUCACUAGAGCUUAUUGGAGAUUUAAUUGGACACUCAUCAUCUGUGGAGAUGUUUCUGUACUUUGAAGAUCAUGGACUAGUGACGUGUUCUGCUGAUCAUCUCAUUAUUUUGUGGAAAAAUGGAGAACGAGAAUCUGGAUUGCGCAGCUUAAAGUUAUUUCAAAAAUUAGAGGAGAAUGGUGACUUAUAUCUUGCUGUCUAGUUUAAGGAAUUUGAACACCUGUGCGUGAACCUUGAACAGCAAAUAUAGGGGUAAUACUCUGAAAACCAUUACCAUAUUAAUCACUUAAAUUUUGUAAUUUUUUUUCUUGUUACUCCGUAAAAUUCCAAUUGUUUGAAUUCUUUUUUCUGGGGCUGCAAACCAGCAACAAGUUGCUUCUCAGGUAUUAGUACUUUCACCAAAGAAUAUAGCACAAGUUUUUCAUUUGACUUUUCACAUAACAGUUACCUGAAACCAUUGAAGGAAUGGGUCUAAUUUCAGCAGUGAAUUUUCAGAAAGUGAAGUUUUCAGAGUUCAUCACAUAUAUACCUGUUGAAGCAGAAUUAAAUUAUACCACAGUGUCCUCACAGAGAUAAUUUUUAUGCUUUGAAAAAACUCUGCACCAGAAAUUACGGGAGUUUAUGUUUAAUGAGGAGAAGAGUACUUGGAACCUCUCACUCUCUAAUGUAAUUAUAUUGCCUCUAACUAAAUUUUUAUUCAUCAAAAGGGAUUAGAUUUUUUAAAUAGUACAUGUAAUUUCUUUCAUUUAGCCUUUUUGGAUUUUGAAAUACCUUUGUUCUCCAAAGUUAGUAUUUUAACUAUACCUGUCAUUCUUUUAAAGAUUUAUUCAAGGAACCUACUUUUUUGGAAAUAAAUAUACAUGAUAAUUAUAGACAAUAUUUUGGGAGAAAAAUGAAAAAUCCGGUGAAGAGUAAAUAGGUAGGAUGUAGCAUAUCUUGAACUUAAACCUUGAGAUAUCCAGAAAACUGAUGCCUCCCUGUAGGAAAUGAAGAUUCCAUAAUAAUUGUACCUUGUGCUGCUAUUGAAGUGGUGAGUGCUGUGUUUUAAGCUUCUUAAUUUGAACCUAGACCCUGGGAGGAGGUAGAAAUAGAACUAACAGUAUUUUUUAUUCUUUGGUUUUCUUUAGAGCCUGUUUAAGAAUUCUUGUGAUAAAUUUAAAUAUAGCCUUUCUCCUACAAAUCCCCCUGGUCUUUAGUAACUCUCAGUAUUCUAAAUAUGAAGCAAACCUGAAUCUCUCACUGUUUUAACUACAGCUUUUUUUUUUGGUGCCAACUAAUUUGUUUAAAUCAUUUUUCAAAAAAAUUCUAGCUACUAAAAUCCCUAUAAACACAAAUCAGGAGGAAUCUUAUUAGGGUGUAUUUUUUCCCCCUAGCCUGAACAGCUAUUGACUAGAUUCUUGGUAACAGACCAGCAGCAGCCCCUCAUAUAUGCCAGAGAUGAGGAGAGCUAGAUCAGUAAAGUUACAGUGUUUUCAAAGUGCCUGAUUCAUCUUACCAUUGGCUCAAAUAUGAAAUGCUUGAGACAGGCAUCACUUAUGAGUUUCUUGCAGACCACUGAGAUUUAAUCAUCUUCAUCACCCCAUCAGCCUUAGAGCACUCUUUCUCCCUUUUGGUACUAAAGAAUAAAAAUUAAAAAGUGUUCCAUACAUUAAAAAAUGGGUGGGUUUAAUUGUGGAGUUAGUUAAUCUUAAACUGCUGAUGAAAGAAUCGUAUUGAAGUAAACACCAGGUGGCUGAUGUGUCAGAGGACUAAUCCUUCUCAAAGAACACUUUCUGGAUUUAUUUUUUCAUCACACACACCCUAAUGGAAUCUUUGUAAAUUGUUGUCACUAGUUUUACCUUUGACAGUUGUUGUUUCCUCAACUACCUACAAAGUCUGGAAGAGCUCUGGUCAUCUAUGCCAGACCAGUGCCAUAAUGUUAUAAAUAAGGAAGCUGAAGCCCAGUCAGGUAAGGCCUUCCAGUUAGUUAGCUCAAUUCUCAUUAGCAUCAGUAAACAAAACAGAAAUUGAAAAUGACUGGAAUGAGAGAGAAGGGUUGUAUGAUUACCCCUUGAGCAAAACCAGAUAAUGUUCAUAGUCAUUGUUUCUGUUUUAAUUCACAAUGAAAAUACCUUUAUGGAGAAAUAUAAUAAAAUUUAUGUAACCUCCAUUAUAUAAUAGAAGAAUGUGAAUAGAAAAAUUAGCACUGCCUCUUAGCGGACAGAUUGUUGUUAUCGUGGCAUACAUAUCUGAGCAGUCAUACUGAGGCACUGCUAAUCUUUUAUCCUGAAAUUGGAACGUGGGUAGGAUUCCUAAACCAGGCAGACAUGCAUUUUGGGCUGAGUGCAUCAGAUUAUUGAUCAGAGUCAUUUUUAGGCUUUUAAUUUUCUUCCAUAGAUAGACUUUCUCUUAUUACUAGCUAGCUUUUUCUUUGGAGAUUCUACUAUUAGGUCAUGAGUUUUAAAGUUUUCUUGAAUUGUAUAAGAUAUUCAAUGAAUUAUAAAAGGAAUUCAUAGAUUCUUAACUGCUUUUUCCCCUAAUUUGUUCUGGAUUAGUAUUAUGUAAUAGUAAUCUAUUCACGUGAAUGAUACAAACCACAGGUGAGUUGGGGGAGCAAAUAAUACUGAUGAAAGUACCACUGUGAGUCCCUCUGUUAUUAAAAUCUAGAGGAAAACCUCCAACCCAUUCACGGGAACUUGAUGGUUUUUGCUUUCAUGAGUGCCCUAAGGUCAGAGAUGGAGUAAAACAGUGAGAUGGGAAAAUCUAGCAGGGACUCAGACUUGAUGGCUGCUUACUAGUUGUAUGCAGAGUGCUGCAAAAAGUUGAACUUUCAAAUUAGAAGAAUACAACUAUAACUGAGGUCGAUAAAUAUUAUGUGCAUUUUUUCCAUUUCCCUAUCUUAGCUUUCAGUGCUGUUAUAUUUGCAACACCGGAAGUAAUACUAUGCUGUGGGCCUUGUCAUUUUUAUUUAAAAAUAUCCUUAUUACCUCAUUCUCUGGCUUACUCACAUAACACAAUCAAGAGCCUAAACUUGAGGGACAUUGUAUUUAUCUUUCUCAAGUUGAGUGCGUUCUCAUUAAUAGAUGAGGCUUGUUCUUUGUCCACAAGACAAACCAGUCCUAACUCUGAAGGUAAGCAUAUUUUAAAAUCUUAAAUUGGAAGUAAAGACUAGCCUACUUAAAUUAUAGGGUUAUUCUGGUCCCGGUAACAGUGUUUUAUAACUAACUUCUGGUUAAGUAGUAGUAGUAAUGUGACUUCUCUCUAGUUUAGAUCAUGUUAUAUUUUCCUAAAUUAAUAGGGUUCCCCUCAACACAGACUUACGCUCAGUAUGAGAGACAAUUAUAAUAGUUUAUACUCACUCAUCUGAUACACAUACCAUCUGAAAGACUAUUCGGAGGAAUGCACUAUUUAGUUAGCAACUCAGUAGAAGAUUACACCAUAGUAGAUUACACUGAUAAAGAGCAGAGCUAUGCUAAAGCUUUAGUACCUGGCAGUGUUAAUAUGAAAUUAAUCUGAAAUUAUACUGAGUCAGUUCUAACAAACAUUCACAUAGAAAAAUGUCAGACAUCUGAUGAAUGUCACUUACCAAAUGGAACCAAAAGCGAGAUGGUCAAGAAAAGAUUGUCGUUGCUUCAGGCAAGCUUCUGAAGCCUAGGCAAAUUAUUUAGCUCCUUAAAAUGGGAUUCUGACAUCCUGAAUUUAAUGUGUUCUGAAAACAAAGCGUGUGACUCAUGAAAUAACACUAAACCGAAAUAUUGAAAUUAUGAAAAAUUUAGGCCAAAGAGGUAAAAUAAAAACAGCUGUUAGGAAUGAAAAAUGGCUGUAGGAAUUUAGUUACAAGUACUUCACAAAAACAUUUUCAUCACAUUUACUUAGUGCAGCAUUACAAUACAAAGCUAGCUGCUGUCCUGACCAAGCAAGUUCUCUUACCAUCUAACAAAAAUAAUUUAGGUACAUUUCUUUGCAUGGAAUUGUCAUAUAUGUUUCCAUUUGUUGGUACAAAACAUAGAAAAAAACAUUGGCAUGUUUUGUAGUGAUAAGUAAUUUUUGCCCCCAUGUACUAGUUCCAUGUGUUCUGCAUUCCAAUUUUCAUUUGAAAAAAGUAACUAACUACUGGUUCAGUUAAUUUAGUCUCUGUUUGUUUAUACCUCUUAGAAAUGCAGCAUGAAGUACAGAGAAUUUGAAAGAAAAACAAAGAUAUUGUUUACAGAAUCUCUAAUUUAUAAUACAUAGAGAAGGGUUGGCUGGUAAAAGAGAAAAGAAAAUCUCAAGUCUGACUUCAUGUAGACCACAGAAAGUUGUGAAAAGAGCUGUAUAAAAAUAUGCACUUGUGCUUUAGAAGCUUUUAGCAUACAAUUAAUAGCUUAAAAUAGUAUUUACUGCUUCCCCAUAUGCUAUUUUUUGAUAUAUUUACACACCUUGCAAUCUUUUUUUCAUCAUUAAAGCAAAAUGGCAUGAUCUUAAACAUAGAUAGGUUAAAAACAUCUGAACCUUGAAACUUCCUCUGUCUCCUCAGUACUCGGCACAACGUACUCCAUGGACUUAAACCCUGAAAAUUUAGAUUGCUUUAAUAAAAAUUUUAAACAGCAAAUGUAUAUAAAUUUUCUUUUUAAAAAAAAGCUUGUCCAGGGCAUUCAGAUUAAUGGCUUGUAUAUAAUACCUACUAUAGUGCCUUGUAACUGCCUCUGUAAACCAGAAAUAAAGG